UUUAUCCUCGUCACAUAAUCAUGUGCAUAAUGUAGGCUAUUUAGGGCUAUGCUGGAAGUGCCCGCUCCUGUGAUGCUGAGACUUGAGAUCUCAAGCUCAACCCUCUGUGCUGCCGGCACACAUAAGCCUACUGCAUGAUGCUCACAUCCCGGCGGGCAUGCAGAUGAUGACAUUGCGUGCCUUUGUGUGAUGUGCUCUGCGGCAGCACCCAAAAUGCAGUGGUGCCCUGAAACAAGCGGAGUGGGGGGAAAAACAGACAAGACAAUAACCCAAUGAUGCAUCAGAAGGAUGAAUGUUGCUCUGCCGGUUUUGCUUGUUGGCACUUCCCUCAUUUGUUUCUGGUUCCAUUGACGGUUUUUUUCCCCACAUGAAACAAUCUUCAUGUAGGCUACGAUGCUAUACGUUAUGAUAGCGAGACAAUUUAGCGUAUUAAGCUUGCUAGCCAGCCUGGUACGGGUUCAAGUGCAAAUGUGUCCGUUGAUGCUCGACUGUUCGUGAUGCUCUGCUCAGUUUCGGUGGACAUCGGGAACAUUUUGGAUUUGUUUUAAUCUGUUGUGUGCCUGCUCCGGUGAUGGACUCGUCUGGCCGCUUGCUGGCUAAGUAAAUAGCCUACACGUGAGACCAAUUGCAGAGGCACUGGGGCAUGGUCCGAUAUAGCUCGUAGGCUACUCUCCUCUGAGAAGGAUUUUUUAGGAUGAGAGUUUUUUUUAACUUACAUGAUCUUGCUGACAUGAAUAUAUUUUUUGGAAUUGCCUAUGUGGGUCAGUUUUAUGCAACCAUUUGUUAGGAUUUGCUAUAGCCUUUUUUUUUUUAGCGCUCAGACAUGUUCUUACUGAGUGGAAAGUGCAGAUGGAGUUUCACACUCUCCAUGGUUUUAUCUGUCACCAGUGUAUUCAUAUUCUGUGAAUACUUGAUAUACUAUCCAGCAAUUCUGCAGUGUUCGUGGCCCGAAAUUCAGAACGGCAAGACAUCACAGUCUCCACUACGGGCUUUGUUUUUAUCGGAUACACAUCUUUUGGGAUCUAUAAAGGGUCACUGGUUCGACAAACUGAGAAGAGAGUGGCAGAUGGAGAGAGCAUUUCAGACGGCAGUUUGGGUCCUAAAGCCGGAGAUCAUCUUCAUUCUGGGGGACAUUUUUGAUGAGGGAAAGUGGAGUUCCGCCAAGGAUUGGGAGGAUGAUGUCAGCCGCUUCAAACAGAUCUUCCGCCACCACAGCGACACCGAGCUUGUGGUCCUCAUCGGAAACCAUGACAUUGGCUUCCACCACGAGAUGACCUGGCAUAAACUCCAGCGCUUUGAGAAGGUCUUCAAUGUCACCUCUGCUAAGAUCCUCAGUCGUAGAGGAGUAAACUUCGUGUUGGUGAACAGCGUAGCGCUGCAUGGCGACCACUGUCCCAUCUGCCGCAGUGUGGAGAGUGAGCUUCACAAGCUUUCGGUGGCACUCAACUGCUCCGUGCAGGAGCACCAAUCGGAAAGCAUGAAGCGGCGAUGCCAGGAUACACAGACUGUCCCUGCCACCUCACCCAUCAUAUUACAGCAUUACCCUAUGUACCGUGAAAGUGAUGCAGAGUGUACAGGACUGGACGCAGCUCCCCUGGAAGAGCGCCACCAACUGUUUCAGGAGCGCUAUGACGUGCUCUCCCAAGAGGCCUCACAGAGGCUGCUGUGGUGGUUCAAGCCUCGCCUCAUUCUCAGUGGCCACACCCACAGCGCCUGUCAGGUUCUCCAUGACAACAAGGUGCCGGAGAUCAGUGUUCCGUCCUUCAGCUGGAGGAACCGGAACAACCCCAGCUUCAUACUGGGAACUAUCUCCUCGAGUGACCACCGCCUGUCGAAGUGUUUCCUCCCCGAGGAGAGCAGUGUGAUCGCCAUCUACUGCGGCAGCGCCAUGGCCCUGCUCCUGCUGGCCCUGGGUCACUUCCACCUCUUCAGGGGCACACUCAGCUUCAGCAGCCUCUUGGGGAAGCACAAGCCCCUGUGACCCCCCCCUCCCCUCUCCGAGCCCCAAUGAACAGUAUGGUGGGGGGGAACAAGCCCCGGUGAAGCCCUCCCCGACCCCUGCCGAGCUUGGACUGAAAUGACCUCCAUGUUUUUAUGGGCUUGGGAUGACCCUUGGUGGCCUGAUAGGUGAGCACAAGCCCCAUGUGAUGCCCGUCCUGUACUCAGUACUCAGACUAACUUCCAUCUCCUCGGUACGGAGUUAGUGUGAACCUCAGCUGCCUGCUGGGGAAAGGCAAGCCCCUGACAACAUCUCCGACCUCCAGCACACUCAGACUGAAAUUACUUCCAUCUUAUUAGGGGCAGGGGAUGAUCCUUGGCAGGCAGCCUUGAUGGGGAUGUGAAAGACCCCUUCCCAAACCCCAGGGAACUCGGAACUGAAAUGACCUCUUCUGUAGGGAAGUGGAACUAAACCUUAGCUACCUGAUGGGGGGGGGGGGGGGGCCUCAAAGGAGAUUACUGACAUUGCCUGGAAUUGAAUAUCUUGCUUUUUAAGUGUUUUGUUCAAAAACUGUUUUAUGUAUUGGAUAUUUUUUUGGUUCCAAUUUUAACGUGACCUGACUUCCUUUUGGUUUACUUUUAAAACGUGUUUCAGUUUUGAUUUGCACUGUUCUGUUGACCAAUAUGUUCAUUGUACAUUUUAGUUGGAUUUGUUCAAUCAUCGUGUAGCAAAAUAUAUUUAUAUACAGUACUGUCAA